GGAAGAAUAACGAAAGAGGAUGUUGAGGAAGCUCUUCGCCGGCGCCAGUGGCACCGUGGACCAAUGGCGUAUGAUAUCAAAUCGUCGCUUCUCCUCCAUUUCCUCCGCCGUCGACUCUAUCGUGCUCCGCUCGCUGAAAGAGCACUACCUCGAAGUCUCUAAAAUGACUCCACCACCAAAGGUGAACCCACCGGCUCCUUUCACAAUCCUGAAAGGCGCACUCGAUUCAAACGGUCCCGUGCUCCGGCGAACUUAUGGUGAUGAAGAGAUAAGUACAUCAGUUAUGCGAUUAGCCAACAUUAUUCCUGGUGGUGGAGAUGAAGAUGAGGACGGCAUUAAUCGGUUAUUCCUUCAUGUUUAUGUAUCGAAGCCCGACCCUGAGGAUUCCAUUCAUUUCUUGUGUGGGCUUUAUCCAAAUGCAUUGGUAAUUCACUCUGUUUCUAUGCGUCCAAAGCUCCGGUCUUCUCAAUUUCUGGUUGUUCCUAAGAAAUAUAGUGGCCCGAUUUUCCGGAGAAGGAGAAGAGUACCUGCGACACUCGAGCGAGAGGAGGGGAUUCAGAAAAAGUGGGUUUUAAAAGCUAACGGCGUCAAACGUUUCAAACAACCUCGCGCAUGCUUCAAACGUUUACACGAUCGGAGGACGCGUGGCUUCACUAUUAAGAUCGAGCGAGCGGUGCCUUCACUAAAGCUACCUGAACUGAAGCCGGACUCGUCCUUAGGUCCAUGUGCUCGUUUUGUCAACCGUUAAAUGUGGUUUACGCCUACGGCUGGAUCGGAUUCAGCUGUAUCUUCAAUUCAUCCACGAUUA